AUGAACAACAGCACAGACUCUGAGGAAAAGCAUGACAUAACAGUAAUAAUGCAAGACCCAAUUGACAAAAGUGCACCAAUUACGUCUUCCAAGAGCACCACCCCAUUGUCAAGUAAUCAGACGGUGUUAAACGCUCGUGAAAGGCAUGGUAGAGGUCUGCCGUUCAAGUCCAGAUUUAACAGAUCCCCUUACCGAACGCAACAGCUACGAAAGGAUAUACACUCAUCACUGGACUCGUUGGAUAUAAGUACAGAAUUUACACAGUCCUCCACUGUUACUAAAGAAGAGUAUGAUGAACUAGAACGACGGUAUGCUGAUGUCGUACUUCAAUACGAACAAUUAAAGGUAGAAAGUGGAAAACUAAGAGAGGAACUGCAGUUGAAUCGAGAUGAUAUCGAAUCUUUGCAAUCACAUUUGAAAUCAGUUGAACAAGAUCUUGCCGAUAUGGAAUUGGAAAAGCAGGGGAUGCAGGAGGCGUCUAUGCAAAAUGAAUCAAUGUACAAGAAGGUUAUAGAAGCUUUGCAAAACAAGGUGGAGGACUUGAGUCUGCAGCUUUCAGCAACUAACAGGUCCACUGCGACCCACCCCCAUGGUGACCACACUUUGAUGGCCAAAUACGAAAAACUCCUACGUGACUAUAAAGUUCUUCAGCAUCAAUUUGAAGUCGAAAAAAACUCGAAACUUGUUUUAAUGGAUCAGAUUGAAUUUUUGGCUCAUAAGAAUGAAGAGCUUGUUAGUCAAUUGGAAAGUCCAGUCACUGAUGAUUUAGCAAGCGAAGGUGACAGAAGCAUUGAAGACUAUAUAAACGACGCAAGUCAAAAAUUGAGUUACGAAGAAGGUGAAGAUGUUCAUACUACUGCGGAUAUUGGAGAUCGAUCUAUUCCUAAUGCAGACUCCACAUCAGACUCAAUCAAGGUAACCUCGCAUUUCCAGUUUCCACCCUCACCGGAUCCGCAAUCUAAAGAACUAAAGAGACAGUCGUUGCCAACAAACUUGAAGACAAAGUUUACCCUGCAAUCGACAGAAUUUGUACUAUCACCUUUCAAAUUGACACCAGGACCAUCAUCAAGUACAGAAAACAAAGAUGGAAUGUUUGAAGAUGCAGACACGUCAAUUAUAAAACGGUACUCAACAUCCAAACCAACUCACGUCAGAUACAACAGUCAUGAUAUACUACCUAUCAAAGUGGAAUUUGAAUCAGAUUCCGUGAGAUUUACAUCCGUGCCGGAAGAAGCACACAAGCAACACCCGGAAAUUGGUGUUAUUGAAGAGUCAUCUUAUGACGAUUUUGCAAAAUUGCACCAUCGGGAUGGAACCUUUUUUGCGCUAAAUGGCAUUGAUUCUGAAGAUACUGGGUUUGAUAGCAGUCAUCGAAUGUCUUACGAUGAGUUUGAUCUGUCGUCGAAACGUUCCAGCUAUAUCAAUGCUGAUGGCAAGACUAGGCAAGAAAUUACCAAACUCAAAUUUGAGCUUCAGUCGUUGAAGUUGCACAACGAAAAGCUACUAUCAUACAUUGGAUUUGAAUUGCAAAAGCAAAAAAAGAAUAUCAAGAAAUUGGCCAAGAAACAAUCUACCAAUUCCAUGAGAUCUUUGGGUAAGCAAAUGGAGUACUCAGAUGCAAAACUUAUUGAAGAGUCUAAAGAUGUGUUGAUUAAUAAGAAACGGGUGUUGAGGUCGGUAUCCAUUAAUACCGUGUUUAAUAAGAAUGAAAACUUUGCUACCAAUCCUGUGGGAAUAAACACAAUUGGUGCAUCCGAUGAUGGGCUUAUCGCUGAUCCAGAACUGGAUCCAUGUUACAAUGAGUCCCCGGAAGUUCCCGGUCUGGAGUCAAAUUUUGUGAAUGAUAAAAUUGUGAAAAAAUUUGCAUCACAGAUAUUUGAGCGUGACAACAACUUGUACCCCCUUAGUGAAGAUGAGAUAGAUUCUGAUUUUGAAAAUGACACAUGGGCAAUAGUUUCGGAAGGUGCAAAUGAAAAUUCUCGUGAACUUUAUGAGUCUUCAUCCUCGUCGUCGUCAGAGGAAGAAUUAAAUGUGCUUUAUAAAUUGAGGUCCUACGUUAUGGGGACAACACCCAAGGAAUCCAAGUCAAAGAAGAAACGCAAGGAUGAUUUAGUAGAUGCUAAUUUGAAAUUCAAGUUUCUUACCAUUGCUUUGGGUAUUGCGAUAAUAGGUUUGAAACUAACGCCAAAAUCACAACUGGCUAUAGGACAAUAA